ACAGGGUUGUGUGUGGGACCGUAGUAGUUUAACGGCAAGGUUGAGCUUAGAGAGUUGGAGUUGGAGUGAAGAGGUAGACGGAAACUGUGUUGGCAUGGCCCCUCGAAUCCUACUAUGCGGCGACGUUUUGGGGCGCCUCAACCAGCUAUUCAAGCGCGUCUCAUCGGUCAACAAAUCUGCAGGUCCAUUCGACGCGCUCUUGUGCGUCGGCCAGUUCUUCCCUGACUCGCCCGAGCAUCUGGAGGAGUUCACGGCCUUCAUCCACGGUGGCUCCGUCGUUCCCCUCCCGACUUACUUCAUCGGCGACUACGGCCUCGCCGCCCCUAAGAUUCUCUUGCAAGCUUCCAAGGACUCCGCCAACCGCGGCUUCAAGAUGGACGGUUUGAAGAUUUGCGAUAAUUUGUAUUGGUUGAAAGGCAGUGGCAAAUUCCCCCUAUUCGGGUUAUCCGUGGCCUAUUUAUCUGGUAGGAAGUCUUCCAGUGUUCAACAGUUUGGGACUUACACUGAAGAUGAUGUUGAUGCUUUGCGAGCAAUUGCUGAGGAACCUGGAAUUGUUGAUUUAUUCUUGACUAACGAAUGGCCAAGUGGGGUGACCAAUAGAGCAGCUGCUUCGGACAUUCCUGCUGGACUCUCUGAGGCUGUCGGCAGUGAUUCAACUAUAUCAGAGUUAGUGCAAGAGAUCAAACCACGUUAUCACAUUGCAGGCACUAAAGGUAUAUACUAUGCCCGUGAACCAUAUUCCAACGUAGAUGCUGUGCAUGUCACUCGUUUCAUAGGGCUUGCAUCUGUUGGAAAUAGAGAUAAGCAGAAGUUUAUUCAUGCAAUCUCCCCCACACCUGCAUCCACCAUGUCUUCAACUGAGAUUGCCAUGAAAACCACAAAUGCCACCUUAUCGCCAUACACAUUUGUGGAGAAAAGAAUUUCUCCAACAGACACCACAAAGAGAUCCAGUGAUUCUAUCUCAGAUUCUCAAUAUUGGAGAUAUGAUGUUUCUCAAAAGCGACAAAAACAUGAAGCGGGACAUGGUGAUAAGAUGUGUUUCAAAUUUGUUUCUUCUGGUUCUUGUUCGCGAGGAGAGAAGUGCAACUUUCGACAUGAUAUAGAUGCAAGGGAGCAGUGUGUGAGAGGUGUUUGUUUUGAUUUUUUGAACAAGGGAAAAUGUGAAAGGGGUCCAGAUUGUAACUUUAAACACAGCUUGCUGGAGGAAGGUGACAGACAUCCUUCUAGGAGGCCUGGAUCUGAAAAUACUAGGUCUGGCAGAUCAAAAGAAUGUUGGUUUUGUUUGUCAAGCCCGAAUGUGGAGUCACAUUUAAUCAUAAGCAUUGGGGAAAAUUACUACUUGGCAAUGGCUAAAGGUCCACUUGUUGAAGACCACGUACUGAUAAUACCAGUUGAGCACAUGCCUAGUACCUUAUCUAUGUCUUCUGAAUCUGAAAUUGAACUCUCUAGGUUUCAGAACAGUCUCAAGAGUUACUGCAAGAGCCAAGAGAAGGAAGUUAUCUUUUUCGAGUGGGCCUCCAUACGUGGCACUCAUGCCAAUCUUCAGGCCAUUCCCAUUCCAUCUUCAAAAGCAGUUAUGGUUGAAAAAGUUUUCAGUUUAGCUGCACAGAAGUUGGGAUUUAAAUUUGUGGCCAAGAAAUUUGAUAGUAUUUCUGAUGGAAGAAAGUUUUUAAAGACGCAAAUUGAUGGGGAUUCAAGCUUGUUCUAUGCUCAAAUCCCAGGUGGCACAAUUCUGCUGCAUCAUGUUGAAGAGAAAGAGAGGUUUCCUGCCCAAUUUGGUCGUGAGGUUCUGGCUGGGUUGCUUGAUAUGGCAGAUAAUGCUGAUUGGAGGAAUCGCAAACAUAGCAAAGAUGAAGAAAUGAAAAUUGUUGAAGAUUUCAAGAAACGAUUUCAAGAAUAUGAUCCAAACUGUUGAUUGUUCAUGCAUUGAAUUCUUAAUUUACUGCAAUGCUAUCAUGAUUAUGGUGGUUCCUUGUGCAUCUUUCGGUUAUAUGUCCUAAUUGCUUCGGUGCUGGAUGGCAGACUGAAAGGAGAUUUUAUAGUCUUGCUGGAUUUCAAUUAGUAACCUUGUUUCCAUCCACAGGUCAUGUGGCCAAGAAUCAGCUAGCCGAGGUUGCUAUUCUAUCAUUAGGCGCUAUAUGCAUCAGUCAACAAGCACCUGCUGCAUUCAAGUUUUGAAACAGGCUGGUUUUUCACCUGCUUUUUGUACGUAAUUGAGAAGCUAUUCACAUUUGUUUCGAGAGGCAGGUGGGUUGAGGGUGAGAGGAGAUUCACUUCGACUUUCAGCUAGUGAUUUAUCCAAUGAGAUCUUACAAGCUUUGUACUUGCAUUUGCGUAGUGUUGAAGUUUUUUUAUAAUUUGUGUAUUUUCUUUAAGUUGGGCUUCCACCUUUUUAUGGAAAUUCAAUUCACUAGACGUUACUCCUUUCGGUAUAUUUUGUUAUCAAAUUACCGUGCCUUUUUGUUCAUUCUUCUGGGUACUAUAACAGCUUCCAUUUUCAACCUGCUGGUCCUAAUUCUAAA